UUGAGUUUACUGGUUUUGGAUGAUAUCCUGUAGUAAACCUGAGUGAGAAAUAUGGAGACGCUUUCCAGAACUGGUUUGUUAAGCAGCCUCAACUUUGCAGAGCUAACAUGCCCUACUCCACUUCCUAUCAGAAAAUCUUCAUUUCAUCGUGUUUAUGCCCUGUCGAGGAGAAAUCUAAGAGUUUCUGUUUUCAGAAACGCUCUUCCUGGGAAUGAACUUGCAACAGAAGAUGCUUUACAAAUGUUUCUGAGAGAGAGACAGUUGAAUGGAGAUUUUAUAUCGAAAGCUACAGACUUUUUCUGGAUGAGGGGUAAUUUGGAAUCUGUCAAUUUGGAGGUCAGCAUAUAUGACGAGAUUCCCCAACUGGAGGAGGUCAUUGAAAGGGAAAAUGAUGGUGGAUUUUUGAAGCUGAAAAAAACACAAGAGUGGGUCUUGGGUGACAAUAUUGCACCAAUCAAUAAGAAAGCCAUUACAAAGGAGUUGCAGAAUAAUAGCGAAAGAAGGAAGAGAUUAAAUUUUCUCAAGUAUGAAGCUCUUAAGAAGGAGUUGAUGCUUCUAAAUACUGCUAUUGGAGCUGCAUGCAGCGGAUAUUGUUUGGUAGCCUUUUCAGUUCAGGCUGCCAUCAGUUAUGCUUCAGGAGUUCUUUUCAGCUCUCUAUAUCUUCAGCUCUUGUACCGCCAUGCUGACAGCUUGUCCAAGGAAACUGUUCCUCAGAUCUUUAUGGUGAAGAAGUCUAAGAAAAUUGGAAUAAGAAGUGAGGACCUAAAGAAUCUGUUAGAGAGAUCUAUCAAGGGUACUGCCAUAGCUCUUUCAUCUCCAAGACUUGUGAUCCCUGCAGCAAUAUAUGGAGUUUGGGGCCUGUCUCAGCAUUUCUCCAAUGAUUUCUUUGAUUUCCAGCUUGUUCCAGCAAUGUUUGGGAUGUUUGCCUAUAAGGCUGCUGCUUUGGUUCAAGUAUAUAGGGACAACGAGGACCUGAGAAUAGUCUUUCCAGAGAGCGAGGAGUAAGCAACUGAGUCAGCUUUCUGAUCCUUCUUGAAUCUCUGGAAGCAAAAAUUGAUGCUGUAAAGGAGUAAUCCUCUGUAGAUCUACUAAUUUCCCUUUGAAGUUUUCUCAAUAUCGCAUCAUAUAUCAACUUAUGGUUCCUUUCAAAUGUAGCUCAGUAUCUUGCAAUGUUUGUUAAAUUGGUAGAUUGACAACCAGAACAUUGUUGAUCAAUUCCACGUGUAAUUAGUUCUGAA